AUGGCUGUGUCCAAAUUCGGGUUCUGCAUCCUCCUGAGGCCGUGGCCUUCGCGAUCUCCGAUGUCCGGGUCCUUCGUUAGCGGGAUGAUGGAGAUCGAAAUGAUUCUGUUUUAUCUCCUUCAACUGCUGCUUUUGGAGGAGUUGGAGCAAAUGUAUCGCUGUCUGAGAUAUUUUCCGGCUGAGACAAAACGAUGCGCAGACUUCACCACUCUACUUAGUCUCCCAAUCCUGGAGUGUUUUUUCAACAACGAAGACCCAAAACCAGACUUCCGGCUGAGCAGGAACUCUCCUACAGUCCUCCUGAACCUCCUUGAUCAGGAUCGGCGCCAUGGAUGGGGUGCUGUAAUUGAGACCCUGGUUUUUCUUUUCUGGUUGGCGAGCGGAGCAUCCUACAGGGUGGUCUCCAGAGUGUUUGGGACGCCUCGUUCCACUGUCCACUGCAUCGUCCACAGACUCACUGAGGAGGUGGUGGCCAUCCGCCAUAAGGUCAUUCACCUUCCAAAAACCCCCGAGGACCUGGAGGUGGUGUCCCGAGGGUUUGCAAGGGUGCUUCGCCACAGCCCACUAUACAGGCAGACGGUCUACCCUCCUCCAGGGCACUACAUCCUUGCCGAUAGUGGAUAUCCGUGUCUCCAACGCCCACUCCCCCUCAUCACUCCCUACAAGCGUGUGAAUGAAGGUGUUGCAGCCCAGCGCUUCAACAGUCAUCAUUCCAAAAGCACGCUCGAUUAUAGAGCGUGCCCUGGAAUGAUGAAGACAAGAUUCAGGGCAAUCUUCCUGCAAGCACUGGAGGUGCAUCACACCUUUGUACCUCACGUUGUCACAGCUUGCGCCAUCCUCCAUAACAUCUGCCUUUGUGCUGGCGACACUGUGGCCCCAGAGGAUGAGCCGGAGGAAGAUGUGGGAGAUGAUGAGGGGGAGCCUGGUUUGGAGGCCAGCAGCGGUGCUCUCUGGUGGGACCAACUGUCUGCUGAGGUUUCUGCUCUGGAGGAGGUACCACCAGACCACGAUUACUGGUUAACAGGUAAUUAAAGAAGACAGUUAUUUAUCAAGUUUUUCUUUUUAAAUUAAAUAAUGUUAAGAUUGCUCAUGUAUUAGCUCAUUUCUGUAUUAAUGGAUCAUUUUUGGUCAUGUAGCAUCCGUCGACAGCCAGCCCUGUCAACCCUGAAGAUGGACGAUGCAGUGGACAGUUGAGAGGCAUCCUGAAACUCCAGACCCCCUGCAAGAUGUUCCAGUUGGCACCUAGAAAGUUCCAGUCCCGGGUCUCAUUUGAACCCCCCCAUCCAUGUCGACCAUCUUUGUAAAUAGUUAUAAAUAAAAGUGUUAAAAUGAAUUCAUGACCACUGUUUUUUUGGAUUUAUACCUUUAUUUAUAUUAACAAUUUCUUAAACAUUUAAACACAACAAAUGAACUUUUAAUUUUUGCUCUUUGCUCUUCUGCCUCUCUCUGCUGCCUCAUGUCCUCUCUGAUUAAUUCUAGAAGUUCGUCACCGUCCCUUCUUCUUUUUCUCACAGCUGGUGGCUCUCUCCUUUCUUCCUCUCUAUCUUCACUUUGCUCUCUUUCACCCAC